CAUACAUAUCAUUUUCUUCUUCAUAUAUCCUCCUUCCUAUAUACUUUUGGUUUGAAAUCUUUCUCUCAUAUGAUGAAAUCGCAUCUGGCCGUUUUCUUCAUCACUUGUUUCUUCUGUUGCGUCUUUGUAACCAGCGACUCAGUUUACACUCUACCAUUUCCUAUCCCUCGAGACCAAGUUGACAUUCUCUUGGCUUUAAAGAAUGAGUUUCCAUCCUUCAGCUGCGACCUCACUUGGAAACUCGAUUACUUUGGUCGAAUGGACACUAGAGCAAAUAUAAGCUCAUGGACCAAAGACUCUGACUCCUUUAGUGGUGUGUCCUUUGAUAGCGAGACCGGUUUGGUGAAGGAGCUAUCCCUUCGUCGUCAAUGUCUCACUACUCUCAAGGCUAAUAGUAGCCUCUUCAGAUUCCAAAACCUCAGAAGACACCCUACACAUUCAACUUCGAUUUCUUGCUCUUCAAGUCUCUAGAGCGGUUGGAUCUUUCCGGAAAUAGUGUGUCAGUGGUUGGUACCAGUUCUGAAAAUUUGACACAUCUACACUUGUCCAGCUGCAACAUCACUGAGUUCCCCAUGUAUAUUAAGGACCUACAAAGGUUAUGGUGGUUAGACAUUUCAAAUAACAGAAUCAAAGGAAAAGUGCCUGAGUUGUUAUGGAAUUUGCCUUCUAUGGCCUAUGUAAAUCUCUCUCACAACUCCUUCGAUUCCUUGGAAGGUACGCCAAAAGUAAUCCUUAAUUCGUCGAUUUCAGAGUUAGAUUUGAGUUCAAAUGUCUUUAAAGGAUCAUUUCCUAUUAUUCCACCUUACGUCCACAUCAUGGCUGCAUCAUAUAAUUAUUUCACUGGAGGCAUACCUCUUACAUUCUGCAAAAGAUAUAAACUGAGUCUCCUUGAUCUAUCAAACAACAACUUCAGUGGCUCAAUUCCAAGAUGCUUGACAAAUGUAUCACUAGGACUACAAGCGUUGAAACUCAGCAACAACAACCUCACUGGGAGACUUCCGGACAUAAAAGACCGCUUAGUACUACUUGAUGUUGGCCACAACCAAAUAAGUGGGAAGCUUCCAAGGUCACUUGUAAACUGCACAACCCUAAAGUUUCUAAAUGUGGAAGGAAACCGCAUCGACGACACUUUCCCUUUCUGGUUGAAGGCUUUGCCGCGUCUUGAAAUCAUUGUUCUGAGAUCAAACAGAUUCCAUGGUCCCAUAUCUUCUCAUGAUGAGAUCUCUCUUUCAUUUAGUGCACUGCGGAUCAUUGACAUAUCUCGUAACAGCUUCAACGGGAGCCUGCCACAAAAUUACUUUUCGAAUUGGAGUGUACCUUUGGUUACUAUCCCACAAGGCUAUCGUUGGCCACAAUACACAGGAGAUGAACACUCUAAAUACGAGACCCCACUUUGGUCUUACCCUUCCAUUCAUUUGAGAAUCAAAGGACGAAGCAUGGAGUUGGGAAAGAUCCCAGACACAUACACAGCAAUUGAUUUCUCAGGGAACAGUUUUGAAGGGCAGAUUCCGGAGUCACUAGGUUUCUUGAAAUCGUUGAUUGUUCUGGACUUAUCUAACAACUCUUUCACAGGUCAUAUUCCAUCUUCUUUGUCCAAACUCAAACAACUCGAGUCAUUGGAUCUAUCUCAAAACCGAAUCGCUGGAAGUAUUCCUCAAGAGCUAAGGGACCUCACGUUCUUGGGAUAUGUUAACAUGUCACAUAAUAGACUCACCGGCCAAAUACCACAGAGUACACAGAUUGGAGGGCAACCUAAAUCCUCAUUUGAAGGGAAUAUCAAUCUUUGUGGUCUUCCUCUUCAAGAGAGAUGUUUCAAGGGAAAUGGAGCACCAUCAACACCACAGAUACAAGAGACAGAACUGCCAAAAGAAGAGCACGUGUUGAACUGGAAAGCAGCUGCAAUAGGCUCUGGACCCGGAGUGUUGUUUGGAUUGGCGAUUGGGCAAGCCCUUGCUCGAUACAAACCGAUCUUGUUCCAUAAGUUGUUUCGCCUUUGAGAUGAAUUGUUUUUUUUGUGUGUGGUGUUUUCAUAUGUAAAAUAACCAGUUUCCUACUCUUUGCUUUUUGGGAUUUGAUAAACUAACAACAAAACUUUGAUUA